AUGGCAGGGAUUCAUUACAUUUUCCAACAAGACAAUGCUCCAAUUCAUUCUGCUCGCUGUGUGAAAAGAUACGAAUCGUAUUUUGACCAACAACAAAUUGCUGUUUUGGAAUGGCCAGCUCGUUCACCUGACCUGAACAUAAUAGAAAAUUGUUGGGGUCAACUUGCCAGAGCAGUUUAUGCAGGAGGUCGGCAAUUUGAGACUAAGCUAAAAAACGCAAUCAAAGUUGAAUGGGACAGAAUAGAGCUGGAUUACAUUCGUAGUCUUUAUCACAGUUUGGCGAGCCGUAUGCAGGAGGUAUUGCAAAGAAUAUCUGCGGCCGGUGGCAUGAUACAAUCUUCCUCUUCGCAACAGAUGAGAUGGACGUCCGACUAUAAGAGAAUGGGAGGAAAAAGUUAUAUUCAAGUCGAUCAGGAUAGAGAACAAUAA